UAUAAAUUAAACAUAAAAAAAAUUUCGAGUUUUAAGAGUAGUAAAAAAAUAUCCCGUGAGGCAUAAAAGGCCAUGCUACUUUUUCUGACACUCAUAAUUGCAGUCUAUAAAGUUAAAAACAUGCCCGCAAUACCUUCAACCUUUCUUACAUCGCUUUUUUAUGGACUAAGUUUAUUGCUGUCUACUUUUCCUGUUGGCACUCAUGCUGGUUCACAAGAGAAGCGUUUGUUACAUUCUUUAUUGGAUUCAUAUAACGUAUUAGAACGGCCGGUUCAAAAUGAAUCGGAUCCGUUACAGCUUAGUUUUGGAUUAACUUUGAUGCAGAUUAUUGAUGUUGAUGAGAAAAAUCAACUGCUCAUCACUAAUAUAUGGCUGAAAUUGGAAUGGAACGACAUGAAUUUGAGAUGGAAUUCAAGCGACUUCGGUGGCGUAAAGGAUUUGAGAAUACCGCCACAUCGAAUAUGGAAACCAGAUGUUCUUAUGUACAAUAGCGCGGAUGAGGGCUUCGAUGGAACGUAUCCAACAAAUGUUGUCGUUCGUAAUAAUGGAUCGUGUCUAUAUGUGCCACCAGGAAUUUUUAAAUCUACAUGUAAAAUCGAUAUUACGUGGUUUCCUUUUGAUGAUCAACGUUGUGAAAUGAAAUUCGGUAGUUGGACAUACGAUGGAUUUCAGCUUGACGUUCAACUACAGGAUGAAGCUGGUGGUGAUAUUAGCAGUUUUAUAACAAAUGGAGAAUGGGAACUUUUGGGCGUCCCGGGUCAACGUAACGAAAUUUAUUAUAACUGUUGUCCAGAGCCUUAUAUUGACAUAACAUUUGCAAUAUUAAUUCGUCGUAAAACAUUAUACUAUUUCUUCAAUUUGAUUGUGCCGUGUGUCUUAAUCGCAUCGAUGGCAUUGUUGGGCUUCACCCUGCCGCCUGAUUCCGGUGAAAAAUUAUCUUUAGGAGUUACAAUUCUUUUGUCUCUUACCGUCUUCCUUAAUAUGGUGGCUGAAACAAUGCCGGCCACUUCAGACGCUGUGCCUCUCUUAGGAACGUAUUUCAAUUGUAUCAUGUUCAUGGUUGCGUCGUCAGUAGUUUCAACAAUAUUAAUAUUAAAUUAUCAUCAUCGUAAUGCCGAUACACAUGAGAUGUCAGAAUGGAUUCGAGUUGUGUUCCUUUACUGGCUCCCAUGUAUAUUACGAAUGUCUCGUCCUGGUCAAGAUCCAUGCGAUUGCACACCAACUACAAAUGGAAGUAAUGAGAAAACAAAACAGAUGAGUGAAGUCGAAUUAAGGGAACGGUCAUCAAAGUCAUUGCUGGCAAAUGUUCUAGAUAUUGACGACGACUUCCGAUGCAAUCAUCGUUGCAAUACAUUGCCACACAAUCCAACAUAUUAUCGUACGGUGUUUCGACAAGGUGAAGAUGUUAGUCUCGGGCCAAUGAGUGGCGGUCCCAUUCCACCUAAUGUUGGUGGACGAUUACAUGAAGCUGUCUCGCAUACGUGUUUAAGCUCAUCAGCUGAAUACGAAUUAGCACUGAUACUAAAAGAGCUUCGUGUUAUUACGGAUGCGCUACGAAGUGAAGAUGAGAAAGGUGAAAUAACAAAGGACUGGAAAUUUGCAGCAAUGGUGGUUGACCGACUGUGCCUUAUCAUAUUUACAUUAUUUACAAUAAUUUCAACGGUAGCAGUCUUAUUUAGUGCACCAAAUUUCAUCCUUUAACCGCUGACGUUAUUUAUUCCUCGUGAUUUUAAAUCAAGUCAACGUUAUUGCUAUAUAAGAAUAACAAUAAUAAAGAUUAAUGAUCAAUAAUUGAAUUUUAAGGCAUAGAACUAGAAAUCUAUAUAUAUAUAUACAUGACAUAUACCUUAGGUAUGUGUGCGAAAAAGUAAGGAGAAAAAAAAUAAAUAAUUGCGUCAUUUUUUUCACGUUAUUGCGAUUACAUCGAAUUCAUUGUGCGGGAAAUGUAAUGGAAAUGAAAUAGCGAAUCAAAUUCCAUCUCCUUAAUGCUAUCGAAACAAAUCAUUUCUCAUUUUUUUUUGUGUGUCGUUAAUAUAAUAUUGCUAUAGCGUAUCGAUUUGUUAUAAUAUAUUGAGGAUGUAGCAGUAGCUAAAGAAAAAUUAUUUUUGAAAGAAAAAAGUUCUCAAUGAAAAAGAAAAGGAGGAAAGGAGAUUGAGAUAAUAAAGUAUCUCAUCAUCUAAAUAUUUGCUUACUCAAAUGCUGCCGCUAAAUUUUCUCCCCUUCGGUACACACAUAUAAACACAAAAAUCAUUUCUUUUUCAUUGAAUUGAUGUGAACAAAAAAAAAACAUUUUUGAGGAUUAGAAACUUUAGGGGUGGAUCUUAUGAAACUAAUUACUGUGAAUUUAUAUUAAAUUUUUGCUAGUAUUUUGAAGAUAUAGUUCAAGUGCUAUCGACCACUUGUGGUCAUGAAGAUAGGACAUAAAUACUACAAUUCGAAGCAAGUAAUUCUGAGUUCGAAACUCAUAUUAAGCAAACCACAUUUUUGUAGAAGAAUGAUUUUAGUGUAAAGCUUUAAACUUCCAAUUUUAAAGCAACAGACUUGAAUAUUAAAGUUUUGAACCUCACUAUAGUUUAUAGUUUUGUAACGAAAGCACAUCUGGAUACAUAGGAAUGAAUUAGAAGCAUUCUGCCAAACCUUGUCGUAUAAACAACACUUAUUGUCAGUGCUUCUUAAAAACUGCUCUUCGAGACGCUACUGUGUCGCGAAAAGUAUGGCAGUUCACCAAAUCUAAACCAUAUGAAUAAUUGCUUAAGUGAAUUGCCAUCUAAAGAGCUAGUAAACCAAUGCUCUAUGUAAUUAUUGACAAAAUGAGCCUCUUGUGGGACUUGAACCCACAUUAUUCCAAAAUAUAAAGUUUCAAACUUUCAGUCAACUGCUAAAAUCGCUCAGCCACAUACUCUUGUACCAGAUUAUUCUACGAUAUGGCUCGAUGCCUCGAUUCUCCUUAAAAACUCAAUCCCUUCAAGUUUCUAAUCCCAAAAAUAUUUUCGAUAAAAUUAGAACAACACAAAAAAAAGAUGAAACAAAAGAACGGCAAAUUGCUAUUAUUGACACAUGUAUUUAUGGCGCUCGAUAAAUUUUUU